AUGUUAUGCCGAACAGGGAAGUUGACUAUUUCCUCUUUGACGCAAUUGCGGUUAACACGUGACGAGAAAGUCGUGAUGUUUAGAAUGUUUACUCACAUGUGUUUUGUAUAACUCUGCACGGUGUAGUGCCAAAGUUCUUUUGGUUUGCGGCAUCCACCGCCUUCAGAAUGGAACAGACCAAGGCAAAGCAUCGGUGCAAAAGAAUCAAAGUUGUGGUAAAGAAAUUUUUCACGCGAGGACGACAAUCGGAUGAAAAGAGAAGCAAGAGUAAGGUAUCAGGUGAGGCAGGCCCCACAGUUGGUUUCAGUGUUUUAGAUAUUGGUGUUCUACCUGAAAGAGGUGAUGAUGUUUCCUCAGAUGGUGAUACAAUGCUGAACAGCAGUAAUGGUCUUCCCUCUGACAUUCCACUCUCUGGUACUGUAGCUCUUCCUUUAGAUGGGGAUCAUGAAGGUGGUGAUGUUUCACCCCCAGCCUCUGAGGAAAAGCUCCUUAAAGAUUUAUGUACACAAGGUCAUGAAAAGCUGAUCAUUCUAUUGCGACCUGCAUGUGCACUAGGAAAUGACUACCGGCUGUUGGCUGCUAAAAUGGGAUACACGAAUGAAGAGAUUAAGUAUCUUGAAAGUUUACGUGAACCUGUGAAAGAAUUGAUGACAAGAUAUGAUAAAGAGGGGAGAACAAUUGCUGAACUGUUAUCACUUUUACAACAAAUAGACAGACCAGAUGUGGUACAGGACCUUCAGCCAUACAUAGAUUCAACACCUUUUCCAAGGGAGGUAAAAGAAAGAGAGCAGAGGACCAAUAACAAUGUUGUACAAAGGACAGUUCGGAAGUCUUAUCAUGCAUUUGUCUGCUUUGCUGAGGAAGACAAAGCUUUUGUUGACAACCUUGUCAAGAAAAUGGAAAAUAAAAAUCGUAAUCUACACCUGUGUUUGCCUGUGCGGGACUUUUUACCAGUUGGUUCUCAUCUUGAAACAACCGCUUUGGCAAUUGAGCAAAGAUGUAAAAAGUUCAUUGUGAUCCUGUCAAAAAAUUAUGACAGUAGUCAAGGAGCCAUAUACCAGGCACAAAUUGCCACAAGUCUUGCACCAGGUGCUAAAGAGAAGCGAAUUAUACCAGUGCUCAUUGAUGAGGAAUAUAGAUGCAGUAUUCCACGUACCCUUUCUCACAUCACCUACCUUGAUUACCUCAGGCAGGAUGAAAAACACUUCUGGAAUCUGUUAUGUGACACUCUCACACGCAAUAUUUGAAUUUAAGCAAUUGUGUACAGAAUGUUAGAUCUGCCGACAGAGCUGAAUAACAGAUACGCAUGUGCCAGGUUUUGCCGCGGAAACACGGAUUUUCAAUCGUUCGCAUGGUUGAUUUCUUAUUCUGUUGCUUAGAGGCAUUGUUUUCCUUGCCACUUUUCUUUUAGAGAACAACCUCCAAAAAUUUGGUACACGCCCUAAAAAUUUUCAAAAAUU